AUGAAAAUUACUUCAAGCUUCUCAGGCAUCCUUCUAGCAUUCCUGUGGGGAACUGCAAGUGCCAAUGAUACCGUCUUGCGUUACAAGCAACCAAUCCCACCCGAUGUCCAAGUUGUCGGCACAAAGCCUGAAUUCGGCGAAGUACAAGAUGCGAACCCCGGCGUGCUGCUCUUCCCCGAAAACGGCGGUUAUUACUUGAAGCACCCCGAUAGUAAUAUAGUUGUGGCGGUUUCAUCUGACGACUUGAGCACCGAACUGGACCAAUCCUACAUGUCUCUAUCUCGCAAGCUUGAAGGCGAAGGGAACCACGAAGAGGCUGUCGAUGUAGUCCGGGUACUACAAGAGAAUGGAGCUGAUUUGCAGAAGCGAGAGGACGAUACCGACUGCGGAUCUGCUUGCGGUGGUAGCUACAGAUGUAGCCAUCCCCGCUGCGUUUAUCCUCACAUACCUGGAAAAUGCGUCCAUUACAGUGGCUGCUAUAUUUGUUCUUCGAACCGUGUUUGCAUCUGA